UCAAUACAUAAUACGAUUGUAUCACCAUGUAUAUCCAAUAUGACUCCUCAUUUAGAUAGUGACCUUAAUAUUUAGUUAUCCUAAGGAUAGUUCUUCCACAUCACCACGCUCCUAACAUAAGAGAUAAGAAAAAAUUUUGACAGAAAAAAUUUCAAAAUGGCAUGAUUUUGUUUAGAUUUCCGUGGCUUGACUGGGUAGAAGCAUACGUAUUCAAGUUGGGUAUAAUUGUCAUAUACCCUGGAUAAGGUAACAACAAACAAGGACGAGGAUAAGGCUCAGACAGCCGCCCAAGAACCGUCUGAAAUGCCGAGGUUCCGAGUUCCUGUUUUCAUAUCCAAAUUUAAUGUUGUGGUGCGUAUCGCACUGAAGUUAGUGGUGAAAUUCUGGCAAAUGUGCACGACUGGGAUGCUCAUACUACUGCUGCUUUAUUGGCUGUAUGGCAGCCUUGUGGCAUUUGGUUUACUCUGGGCUGCAAUGAUAGGACUUGCUUACAAUGCCCAAGACAUGUUGCUAUACUAUCCUGAUCAGCCCUCCUCUUCAAGGUUCUUUGUUGAGUCACCUUCCACAUUCGGGUUACCAUAUGAGAACCUGUUUGUAAGAGCUAAGGAUGGUGUUCUCUUGAACUUGUUGUUAAUUAAACAACCAGGACCAGAGAUUAUGAAAAAAGCACCAACAUUUGUUUAUCUCCAUGGUAAUGCAGGAAAUGUUGGCCACAGGUUAUACAAUAGUCAUGGCUUACACAGAAAUGUCAGGGUGAAUAUACUGCUGGUUGAAUAUAGAGGUUAUGGCAAGAGUGGGGGAGUGCCAAGUGAAUCAGGUCUAAGCUUUGAUGCUGAAUGUGCAAUAGACUACUUGUACUCAAGGAGUGACAUAGACCAUAGCAACAUCAUACUGUUUGGACGGUCUCUAGGUGGUGCUGUAGCUAUAUCUUCUGCUGUGCAUCCAACAUACUCUAAUAAACUUCGGGCAAUAAUUGUUGAGAAUACAUUCACAUCUCUGCCAGAUAUUGCACGAUAUAUAUUUGAUUUUAAGUUAUUAAAAGCAAUACCUGUGUGGAUGUAUAAAAAUAAGUAUCCAUCAAGAGAGAGGGUGAAACAAAUGGAGCUACCAAUGCUGUUUAUCUCAGGUCUUUCAGACAAUCUUAUCCCUCCAUAUAUGAUGCAAGAUCUAUUUGAGCACUGUCAUUCACUGGUGAAGCAGAUGGCCAGGUUUGAGGCUGGUACUCACAAUGAAACCUGGCAAUGUGAAGGAUAUUACAAAAGCAUUCACACAUUUCUCAAUCAGGUAUGUAGUCACUCUGGUACCAAAGAUGCCUUAAGAACCAAUAUAGAACCAACAGGAACAUAUAUCUCAAUGGAACAUAUAUAACAUGCAUUAAUUUAAGGAUCAUAAUCAAGUGUACAGAGAGGUGAUAUCUCAAGACUGUCCAUAUUGCUACCUGAAGCAAUGGAUGACGAUGUGGCACAAUGUGAUAUAAUUAUGCUCUCUGGAACUCUGACAGGCUCUAAUUCAAGGAGCGGAUUUCUUUUUUGCUUUGGUCCGUACAUGUUGAUUGACUAGACUGUGACUAGACUAGACCUACAUGAUUCUUCUUGUUACAAAUGUUAAAAUUGAUGAUUAUAUGCUACAUUUUGUCAAAACUUAAAAAUUCGAGAAGGUUGAAAAACCAAAAGUGUACAUGUUUUUACAGGGCAAAGUCAUAACAUAAACAAACAUUUGCAUUCAUGUUUGAAAUUU